AAAAAGAAAGAGGGCUUCUUACCCUAAUUCACAAAAUAAAUAAAUACGUGUGUCGCUCUUCCAAAACUUAAUCUAUAUAUAUUUGUAUGUAGAGCCAGGUGAGUAAAUCCCCAGUCACAGCAAAAAUCCAACACACACCAAAGAUUACAUUGUGCCCUUCACGCCCUUGCGAAAUUCUCUCAACUAAUUUUUCAAGAGUAAUGCACAAAGAAAGCCUUAUGUCUGACUCGGAAUUCGCUCUGCUAGAGUCGAUCCGCCACUAUCUCUUUAGCGAUGACCACGACACCAACUGGGGAACCAUCCCAGAAUUUUUCAAGGAUGAACUCUGCUGGGAAUCGCCAAGCAUCGCUAAUAAUCAUUUUCCAUCUGAUGAUAGCAUAUCAUCUCCGGCGUCAAAUGAGGAAGAGAAUGGAGGAUCUUUUGGUGCAGUCGGCGAUGACAUUAUUGUUGACUUCCCAUUGGUGGAUUCGAGCUCACCAGACGACUGCCAGGCGGGAGCGGAUUGUGUUGCAAUGGUGAAUGAUCAGGUAAAUUAUUAUGUGCCAGUGCCGAGGGCGACGCAGUACAGAGGGGUGAGGAGAAGGCCGUGGGGGAAGUAUGCGGCAGAGAUCCGGGAUCCAAAGAGGAAUGGGGCAAGAAGGUGGCUUGGGACCUAUGAGACACCCGAGGAUGCUGCGCUGGCCUAUGACCGAGCUGCCUUCAAGAUGCGCGGCUCCAAGGCUCGGCUCAACUUCCCCCACCUUAUUGGCUGCGAUGGUGUUGAGCCUGUCAGAGUUAACCCGAAGCGCCGGCGGGUGUUCAAGAAUCCUUCGGGCAAUGACUGCUCUCAAGCUCCACCGGAGGACCUUAUGGGUUGUUAAGUGGGGAUUUUCAGGGAGUUGUAGUCCUAGUUGUCUAAAAAUGUGAAUUCUUCUUCCAUCUUCUUCCUCCUGUUCUUCUCCGCCUCCUCUUCAUCUUGCUUAGAGUAACAUGGACUCAAUGUGUCAUUGGUGUCAACAGAAAGGGGGGAGUUUGCAGACUAUUCUUGGAUAACGUUGCCGGGCAUAGUGCCAUUUAUUUGAGCUUAUGUACCGAUUCAUCCAGUCUUCAUGUUUUCAUCUGGAAAAACAUGAAGAAUUCUUCCGGCUUUUCACUUGAAGCCAAUUGCGAAUAUUAUAUUUGCACCA